AAUUUCCAAAUUUUCUGCGUCUGCUUCGGAUUUUCGGCUGGGUUUUUGGUGGGGUUUUUUCAUCUUCUUGUCGCUUCUCACUCUGCCUCGGACCUUCUGCAACUCUCUAGAUCAAUAUCUAACUUCGUCUCACAAAAUGCUCAAAACCCAGCUCCCCAGCCAUCCCACCAUGCCCUGCUCCAAUUCUCCAACCUUACCUACAUUACUCUGCUUCUCCAAUGGCUGCCUCCACCGCCGCCGUCUCCAUCACUCCGUUCUCUUCCCCUCCCGCAUGGAAUCUCAGAAGAAAUCCAAAGACCCCAACAGCUACGCUUCCAUCUCUCACCAAACACCCAUUUGGACCGGGAUUAACCCACUUCUCAUCCUCCUUCUCGACCAUCCCCUACUACAGGAGACUUCUGAAGUCAUCGAUCAAGGAUGACAAAGAAACGGAACCCUCGUCAUCUCCAUCUCCAUCUCCAUCUUCUUCUUCGACACCGGUUGCUUUGGCUCCAGAGAAGCGGAGCACCGAAGGUGUUACGCAGAAGAAUGAAUUGGCCGCUGAAGUUGAGUUGGGCAAAGGAGGCGAGAUUGGAUCCGGGGAGAAAGAGAAGCAGCAGGAGGUGGAUUGGAAGACGGACGAGGACUUCAAGAAGUUCAUGGGCAAUCCUUCGAUUGAGGCCGCGAUAAAACUCGAGAAGAAGAGGGCUGAUAGGCGGCUCAAGGAGCUGGAUAGAGAAAAUAGUAAUAACCCGGUUGUGGGGCUUUUCAAUAGAGUUGUUCGUGAUAGUUUAGCUAGAGAGAGGGAGAGGUUAGAGAAAGCGGAGGAGGCUUUCAAGGCUUUAGACCUUAACAAGUUAAAGAGCUGUUUUGGGUUUGAUACAUUUUUUGCAACCGAUGCUCGGAGAUUUGGAGAUGGAGGUAUUUUCAUUGGGAAUUUGAGGAAACCCAUUGAAGAAGUCAUUCCUGUAUUGGAGAAGAAGAUCUCUGAAGCUGCAGGGAGGGAGGUUGUUUUGUGGUUCAUGGAGGAAAAGAGCAAUGACAUCACAAAACAGGUUUGUAUGGUGCAACCCAAAGCAGAAAUGGACCUCCAGUUUGAGUCUACAAAGCUGAGCACUCCUUGGGGUUAUGUUAGUGCAGUAGUCUUAUGUGUUGCAACUUUUGGGACAAUAGCUUUGAUGAGUGGCUUCUUCCUUAAACCUGAUGCUACAUUUGAUGACUACCUAGCUAACGUGGUGCCUCUAUUUGGCGGCAUCAUUUCCAUUUUGGGAGUUUCAGAGAUAGCCACAAGGAUAACAGCAGCACGUUACGGUGUUAAACUCAGCCCAUCUUUUCUUGUGCCAUCUAAUUGGACAGGGUGCUUGGGAGUGAUGAAUAACUAUGAGUCGCUGCUGCCAAGUAGAAAGGCUCUUUUUGAUAUUCCAGUGGCACGCACAGCUAGUGCAUACUUGACAUCACUAGUGCUUGCAGUUGCUGCUUUUGUGGCUGAUGGUAGCUUUAACGGGGGUGACAAUGCACUGUAUAUAAGGCCUCAAUUCUUUUAUAACAACCCUUUACUUUCGUUCGUCCAAUUCGUUAUUGGACCUUAUGCAGAUGAUCUUGGGAAUGUACUUCCUUAUGCAGUUGAAGGAGUGGGAGUACCUGUGGAUCCCCUCGCUUUCGCUGGACUUUUAGGAAUGGUGGUGACUUCUUUGAACUUGUUACCAUGUGGAAAGCUUGAAGGAGGCCGCAUUGUGCAAGCUUUGUUUGGAAGAAGCACUGCAACUUUGCUAUCGUUUGGUACGUCACUGCUGCUUGGUAUUGGCGGCCUGAGUGGAAGUGUUCUUUGUUUGGCAUGGGGGCUGUUUGCAACUUUCUUCCGAGGCGGAGAAGAAAUACCUGCAAAGGAUGAGAUUUCCCCCUUAGGGGAUGACAGGUAUGCUUGGGGGAUUGUCCUUGCUCUCAUCUGCUUCCUAACUCUUUUCCCUAAUGGAGGAGGCACCUUCUCCAGCUCAUUUUUCAGUGCACCAUUUUUUAGGGGUGAUAUGUAAAUUUAUUACUCAUGUUACACACAUACAUUUGUAUGUAUCUUUCACUAGAUCGAUCGAUGGCUGUACUUUGUUAUUUUGCUACUUUCCGCUCAUUUGGAAUGCUUUAGGAAAACAAAUUAGGCAGCAUUUGGGAGCAUAUGUAAAUUAGGUAGCAUAUAUUUUUAGACGUGAAUUUGGAUUUGUGUGGAUUUGGAAUAAAAUUAACAUAAUUUUGUAUUAUGUUUAUUUAAAUCUAACAAAA